GAUGGCUGCCCCUGGAACCUGUGAGCAACCAUCGCUCAGUAAUAAGAAAAUGGCCAUUCAUGUGACUAAUGACAUUGAGAGAAGUGACAUAACCCAAGGAACUAUGAAUGACGAUGAUGAGUUUGAUUGUUCUCAAAGGGCGCAGUUGCUUCGAGCUGUGGUGCUUGGAGCCAAUGAUGGGCUGGUUUCGAUUGCAUCACUAAUGAUGGGCGUUGGAGCUGUUAAAGAUGACACCAAAGCCAUGGUUCUCACUGGUAUUGCAGGCUUGGUUGCUGGAGCUUGUAGCAUGGCGAUUGGUGAAUUUGUCUCGGUCUACACUCAGAAGGACGUCGAGUUAGCCCAGAGAACGAGAAGGGUGCGAAAAAAUGCAGGCCAUGAGGAAGAGACAACCAAUCAGAGGUUGAAGUUGCCUAAUCCACUACAAGCUGCUAUCGCAUCGGCCUUUGCUUUCACGAUUGGUGGGGUGGUGCCACUGCUAGCAGCCGCAUUCAUAAGGCGGCAACAUACGUUGAGGCUGGCGGUGGUUGCAGCGGCCGCCAGCUUGGCGUUGGUGGUUUUGGGUGGCGUUGGUGCUGUACUCGGGAGGACUCCGAUGGUGAAGUCUAGUGUCAGAGUGCUAAUUGGAGGAUGGAUGGCAAUGGCUAUAACUUUUGGCCUAACCAAGCUGAUCGGUACUACGGGACUCUGAUAAAUACGUAAAAUUAUAGUUUUCCAACUCGUAUUAUAAGUUAAAAUUUAUAUGAAAUAAUAAAUAUCUCUCCUACCUUAAUUAAUAA